UAACUUUGACACAUGCGCAAAAGCACAGAUAAGAUAUUGACGUUCACGAUGGCUCUUUGGAAAAGAUUUCGACUUCUUAACUUAACUUGCCGUCCUUUUUACCGGUCGUCUUCGGUCUGUAUCAGAAGGAAGAUAUCAGAAAAUAUUUCCUCUAAACCUAAAGCAAGCACUGAUGCCAAGUCAACGACAGAUCACCUGAUUUAUACGGAUACACAUUUCGCAUUGAAGGAAUCCCUCAAUAAGAUAAUUGGGCAAGAGAUAAAUCCAUAUGUUGACGAAUGGGAAAAGGCAGGACAAUUCCCGGCCCACAAGAUUUUUAAGAUCCUUGGAAACGCAGGGUUCCUGGGGGUCACCAAGCCAAUAGAGUAUGGUGGCUUGGGCCUCGACUUCAGUUACAGUGUUGCUGUGUCAGAGGAGCUUGGCAACAUUCGCUGUGGGGGGGUCCCAAUGGCAAUAGGGGUGCAGACUGACAUGGCUACACCUGCACUGGCCAGGUUUGGCUCCCCUGAGUUGAAGGAGGCGUUUUUGGUUCCUACGAUAUCAGGAGACAAAGUGUGCUGUCUUGGCGUAAGUGAAGUUGGAGCAGGAUCUGACGUUGCAAGCAUCAUGACUGAAGCAGUGCGGAAAGGAGAUGAAUUUGUCAUCAAUGGUGGGAAGAUGUGGACGACUAAUGGGAUCCAGGCAGACUGGAUGUGUCUCUUGGCCAAUACCAGCGACGGGCCUCCUCACAAGAAUAAAAGCCUCAUAUGCCUGCCAAUGAACCUACCUGGGAUUCACAUUGCACGGAAAAUCAACAAAAUCGGAAUGUGGUCAUCAGAUACAGCUGAGGUUUUCUUUGAUGAUGUACGGGUACCCUGUAAGAACGUCAUUGGGCAGGAAGGCAUGGGUUUCACAUAUCAGAUGCUCCAGUUCCAGGAAGAGAGGCUUUGGGGAGUGGCCAAUGUAUUGACCGCGAUGGAUAAUGUUAUCCAGGAGACCAUCCAAUACACACGACAACGCAAGAUUUUCAAGCAGCCAGUUCUCCACCACCAGUCCGUCCACUUCCGCUUGGCAGAGUUGGCAACGGAGGUCGAGCUGCUACGCUCCCUUCUUCAUCGCGCCACAGCUCUGUAUAUUAAAGGCAAUGAUGUCACAAAGCUGGCUUCCAUGGCCAAGCUGAAAGCAGGACGCCUGGUUCGAGAAGUAGGGGACAGCUGCCUGCAAUACUGGGGAGGGAUGGGCUUCACAAGUGAAGUUCUGGUCAGUCGGUUUUACAGGGACUCCAGGCUGAUGUCAAUUGGUGCUGGAGCUGAUGAAGUCAUGCUGUCCAUUAUAUGCAAGUACAUGGACACCUUACCCAGGAAAUGAUGUCAUAUUACAUUUACAUAUUAACUACUCAGAACUAUCACAAUAAGUGCACUUCUUUAUCCUUGAUCAUUUACUCAUUUUGUUCAAAGCUGACAUGUAAAAAGAUAUUUGAAAUGUUUAAUUGUUUUGGAUUUUGCAAUCUUGUUGAUGCAGUCUUCCAGAAUAAAUGGGGAAAAAAUGGCUCAAAAUUCAUUCAUUACACAUCCACACUGUAUUAUGAUCAGAGCACCAAUUCCUUUAAUAUUAAUGGCUAAAUUUGAAUAGCUCUGUAGUCUACAGGACAUUAAUCAGUUAAACACCCCUGCUGAAUGGCAAAAUACCAGUCUAAGAGGGACUUUGUGUUAGUGUUAAUCCCAAAAUGCAGGUGUUGCAAAAGUUUCUUCCCAAUAUGCAAACAAAAAUAGUUUCUUACAUGUAGAAAGAUAUUUAAUGUAUAUUUUGUAAUCCAGUUGAUGUAUAGGAAAUGCAAUGCCUUUAAGAAUAAAUGCAAAAAACAGUAGUUUUUUUAUUAAUGUUUUUAAUAUUGAAUCUGAAAAUAAAAUGGUUAAUAUUCUUGA